CGAAUUCUGGCCUGGAGAAGAAUAAAAUUAAUGUCGAAUGAAACUCAUCAUUCCAGGUAUGUGGUGGAAUUUCCAGUGACAUAACAGGAAGGAACAGCAAGUCUCAAUUAGUGUCCUAGUUAAUAAGAAAGGUUAAUGCAACAAGAUGGAUUAUCAUAAUUAGCACCUAACUGAUGUCAGCAAAAUUAAACGUAUACUGACUGAUGAAGAGCAUGCCCCCCUCGGGAGUGUUUGGAGUCACGAUGGACGAUGAAGCUUUGAUCGAGGCAGAAAUUGCCCAGCAGCUGGAUCAGAUCAAUCUAGAUGUGGAUGAUUUCCAGUACGAAGAAAAUGACGAAGAAUUUAUAGAGAUUGAUCUGGACAUGCCCCUGGAGGAAGUGGCCAUACCUGAUGGUAUGUCAGACUACAUUAAUCAGAUUCAGAGGCAAGCUUCAAACUUUGAAAAGGAACUGGCAGAAUGUGAUGAAUUGUUAAAGCAUGAUGCAUCAGGACCAAAAACUUUUCUGAAUGAGGAAGAUGUUGGUAUUUUAGAGCAGCUGGCCAAAGAAAGUGGAGAGAGCCCAGAAGCAUACAGAAAAAGGGUAUUAGAGGUGGAGGAAGAUUUUGAGGUGUCCGACUUCUCAUCUCUACUAGUGGAUGAUGAGCAUGAACAAACAGAAAACAAUGACAACAGGAAGGCACUUGUCCACUUGGAUGAAAAACAGUUGGAAUUCCAGAGAAUGUUUCAGGAGACAAUGAAAGAAAUGGAGGAGUCUCAGAAAAAUUCAAAGGAAAAACUCAAACAGGAAAUUCUGGAGGACAGGAAGCGAGAAAAGGAGGACCUGGAAGAAAAGGAGAAAAAGUGGAUGGAAAAAUUUGCUGCUCUUCAAAGGGAGGAAACUCAGCUAGUAGCAGAGAGGAAGAUUCAACAAGAAAAGCUUGAAGUGGAACUGAAGGACAAAGACAUUGAGAUUGAGAAAGAGUUGAAAUGUUUUGAGGAGGAAAUAAAGAAACUGGAAACAGAGACAAAGCUGGAACAAGAACAGCUAGAGCAGAAUAAAAGUCAGGAAAUAACACGACAGGAGACUAAAAGACAGGAAUCCGCCUUAAAAAUCCAGGCUAGCUACAGAGGAUAUAGUGUAAGAAAGCAGUAUAAAGAGAUGUUACACAGACUGAAGGAGGAGAGGAUGAAGAGAUGGGAGGAGGACAGGGUCAGACAGAUGGAGGAUGAACUACAGAGGCAGAAGGAGGAAGAUAGACUGAAAAGGGAAAAAGUAGAAGCAGAAAGGAAGGCAGAAGAAGAGGAAAAAAGGAAGAAGGUGGAAGAGGAAGAGAGGAAAAGGGCUGAAGAAGAGGCUACGAAAAAAACUGAGGAAGAGGCAAAAAGAAGAGCUGAGGAAGAGGCUAAGAGGAAGGUUGAAGAGGAAGCAAGGAAAAAGGCUGAAGAGGAAGUGAAGAUGAAAGCUGAAGAGGAAGCAAGGAAGAAAGCUGAAGAGGAAGCAAGGAGGAAAGCUGAAGAGGUAAUGAGGAGGAAAGCUGAAGAGGAAGCAAGGAAGAGGGAGGAGGAGGAGGCUAAACAUAAAGCAGAGGAAGAAGCAAGGAGGAAAGCUGAAGAGGAGUUACAGAGAAAAGAAGAAGAGGCUGCGAGAAAAAGAGCAGAGGAGGAAGCUAGAAAGAGAGAGGAGGAGGAAGCUAGAAAAAGAGCAGCAGAAGAGGAAGUUAGAAAGAGAGAGGAGGAAGCUAGAAAAAGAGAGGAGGAAGCUAAAGAGCUUGUCACUAAAGAAGUCAAGAAAAAACAAGAAUUUGAGAAAGCAAGAGUAAACACUUCUAAAGAAAUCCCAACAGGGACUCCGAGAUCUGCUAGAUCAAAACCCAAAUCAGCAGGGGAACACAUUGAGGAUUUAGAUAUAUUUGAAAUGGAUGACUCCAAGAAGCUACAAACGUCAUCACUUUUGCUUCAAGGCCUGCCAGAAAGUUCAGAAAAACUAAGAUUGCGGUGGAUUAAGGAGUGCAUUCCGUGGAGUAAAGUGAGUAAUGAACCCUGGAAAUUGAAGUCUGUGACGUCCAAGAGCAUCCGUCGACCAACAUCAGCCAAAAAGUUACAACUCCUGAGUGAGGACACGAUUGUCAUGGCUGCCAGGGUGUCCACUCUCAGACAAGUGAGUACAGUUGAGCUACAGGACUUGCCUGGCUGUAACAUAUCUACACUAGGACAGUGUUGGGGAUUGAAAUCACUUAAGAUGUCCAACUGUAAUUUGACUGUGGUAGAGGGCUUACAACAAUGCAAGCAGCUACAGUUUUUAGACUUACAGGAAAACUUCAUUCAGUAUGUUGACCUUAAGGAUCUGAGUAACUUGACCUUUCUUGACCUAUCCCACAAUUCCUUGAGUUCCAUUCAUGGAUUAUCAGGAUGUUCCAAUUUACGAUGGCUAGAUCUGUGUAACAAUAAGAUCACUAGAAUAGGUGGUAUGGAAUCAUUAAGAAGACUACACACUUUGAGGAUUUCCCAUAAUCAGCUGAUCAGUACAGCUGCAUUGAAUGACACACCCACUUUACAGAUGAUUGACAUUUCCAACAACCACCUCCAGACUGUCGAGGACAUCAGCAAGUUGUGUCUACUGCAGACUCUGAUGGCUUCCUCCAACAACCUACAACAAUUCCCAUGUCUGAGAAACCAUGUGUUGAUGAGAGUGCUGUGUUUGGAAGAUAACAGUAUUACAGACCUCGAGGAGCUAGAAUGUGAUUGGCUACCUCUGUUAGAGGUUCUCAAUCUGUCACAAAAUAGUAUUGAAGAGUUGGUGCCAUUAAAUAAUCUGCUGAUUCUCAGACAUUUUGACAUAAGUCACAACCAAGUUCUAGAAAUUGACUCCUUGUCAUCUAGUGUUGAAAAAUGUGUUCAUCUAGCGAGUCUGUGUGUAGCAGGGAAUCCGGCCACCGAAUUGAAUAAUAUUGAUUUGGUUUUGCCAAGUUUGAAGAAAAUAGAUGACAAAGUGCUAGACGCUGGGUCAGAGGUCAAAUCUAGGACCAGUUUUGAGGCCAUGUGUUUAAGUCAAGGUCGAUUGUACACAGAACUGGCCAAUAAUUUACUUCAGGAUGUCAGUAUACAAAAGAAUAAGACCCCAUGGGAUUUAGGAAGCUUGAGUGAUUUGUAUUUCAAAUAUUGUGAUACAACGCAGAAGCUAGCAGAAGAACACAGGUACACACAUGAAUAUGGAGAAGUCACAAUUCCCAUUCCAACAGCGCCAUCUACGCCUAAAUCUAGUCAACGUCCUGCAUCAUCAAAGUCUGUGCGCCAAGCGCAGAGGGAAAGUCAGCUCCUGAACCCAAAGGAAAUGUUUGAGCGUGCCAUUAAGUCCUCGGAGGAGAGAGAGAAGGACGGGAAACGAGCAGUGGAUGGAAGGAUACAUACAGUUCAUGAUGAGAAGAAGUCAUCUGGUAUUUCUGUGAAGACAAUCAAAGCUCUAGUGGAUGAAGAUAUUAACAUGGGCUUUGAUAUUGACCAAAACAGCAAACUUAGUUCUCUACAGAAAGUGGCAGCCACCAAGAUCCAGGCCUUGUGGAGGGGUCACCGAGUCAGGAGACAGAUCUGGGGCAUGGGGGGUCAGGGCAGGGGCCAUGGACUGAAUGAGGCAGACCAUGAAAUCCUACUGGAGCUUCACCGAGCAGCUACUAAAAUACAGGCUGUAUGGCGAGGCUACAUCCUGAGAGUACGACUGGAACAGGCUCUGGAAUUUGCCAAGUUUGAAGAUGAGGAUGAAUUUGAUUUCCAAGAGGUGGAUCUUAAGGACUUCAACUUUGAUGAGGAGAUGAUAGAUGAUUGGAAACCCCCACCAACGCCACAGCUUCCCGCAAACCACCCUGUUCUUGGUAAACCCCCCAGUGGUAAACAGCCCAGCCCCCCUGGGAAGAUUUCAAUUCUGAACCUCGCAGACAAGCCCCAGCCAUUAUCGAACCCCCGCCGUGCCUGGAGGGGUCUGGACUCGCCCCUGUCCGAUAUUCAACAGAACGGUCAUGUUCCCCACCCUCCCUCUAUCGUCAGCGAGACAGAUACACACCGAACGGCCAUGUCCAAGAAAGAGGAACAGCUCUCCGAGGAGUGGGGUUUCAAAGAUUCUAACACUGCACACCUGAUGAUGCAAAGAGCUAAGAAAUUAAAAUACAAUGCGGAGCGCAGAAAGAAAUUAGGCAAACUAGAUCCCAAACAGAGGCUGGCCUUGUUCAGGCGACUGGAAGAAACCAACGUGUCUAGAAAACCGCUAGCUCAGCCUUCAAGACAGACGCUUCCACGAAAAGAGUACUUUCAAGCUCGACAGGAGGAAAUCAAUAAGCAGGAAUUGGAGAAAAGGGUGAUGGCCAAUCUCCGGAACAGUCGGACAUUUGAAUGGCUUCACAACCAUGUGGGCAGCUUCGAGGAAUCCGAGCAAACUUCAAAUCCUGUGAUACCUGCCAGACAGAUGUAUGCCACGGACAAUAACCUACCCAGGAUAGGCCCCCAGAUGCCUGUCCGACUCGUGGGAAGUCCUGCCUUAGACUUGCAGUCUGUGGACAGUGUCAGUAUCCAGGGAGAAAUGGUACAACCCCCACGCCGAUUCUCUGUCGGAUCAGAAGCCUCCGGUGGAGCCCGGUUCCCUCCCAUUAAAUCCAACUCUGCAGGGUCAGGAAAGAAGAGAGAAAGAAUUUCGUUCAGAGACAAUGAGGUCAAACUGGGUAUUGGAUGGGGAGGGGGCAAGAAAAGGGGCAAACUGGUUUAACUCAUGGUAAUUAGUGUGGAUUCUGUACGAAGAAAUUCAGUGUUUGAUGUCAGUUUUAAUAUCUGCAGAGCAAGAAUAUUAAGGCUAGAUGUUUAACUUUUGUACUGUGUAUUUUUAUGGAAAUUUUGGUACCAUUGAAUUGCUUUGAAUGUGAAAUAUACAUGUACUUCAUUUUACUUUAAAAUUUACAAUCAGUCUGUAUAAAAGAUUAUGUGUCAGUAUUUUUGUAGAUGUAAAUUUGAAUGCUCACAAGUAUAUUGAAUAAUGCAUGCAUGUACAGGAAAUGUUAAGCUUUCAGCCCUCUUUAAGACAAAAAAUAAAAUGUAACACUCAAUAGGUGUUACUCAUCAGAACCGAUUGAAUGAAUUCACGUUAAAAUCUUGGAGUCAUUUUAAAUUAAUAGAGCUAAAUUGUUCUUUUUAUCGUUCUUGUAUUCAUUAAAAUGAGAUUUAAUGUUCACAAGGAUCCUUUUAUGCUAUGAACAAAAUGUUCAAUAUUUUGUAAUUAUUAUCACCCAUCUUUACACAAAAGUAUUACGGUACAGUGAUAGCUGGAAGUUCAUGCCUCUGGUGGAGGUUAUAAGUUUCUAAUUUCAUUUCUCUGUCACAUAUCAAGCUGAAACUUGCUUUGUAGCUUCUUUGUGGGUCACUCUAGAUCAUGUUGCAGUUUUGAUCCAUUUCUCCCUCUUGCAGGAGUUUUGUCCCUUUAUUUGAAAAAUUUAAUGUUUAUGGAGGGUACAUGAUUUGUCUAACUCCUCCCACAGUUUUCAUGUGAGGACCUUCUUCUUUUACAUUUGAAUGAGUAUUGAAGAUGUGCAUGUGGCAAGGAUUCUUUAAUUGAUUUUUUAAAUAUUUGAGAAAAUUAAGGUUGUUGAACUUAAUAGUCAGUUUCAGGAAAAUAUUACAAAAUGGUUUGUCCUUUCAGCUCCUCCAAGUUUUCAAGCUAUGGCCUUUGUAAAACAACUUACACAAUUCAUCAUGUACAUAUUGCAAGGAAUUUGAUUCCCAACAAUUUUCUAAUUCUGUUUGAUAUCUGAAAAAAAAUCACUGUUGAACUCAUUCGGGGGGGGGGGGGGGGGGGGGGGGCAUUUUUUUUUCACACACCUCUUGUCACAGUUUGAAGUUUUAAGCCAGGACAUUUUAUUCAUAUCGUGCAAAAGAAAGUAUGUCAUGUUUUAAAUAAAACACCCUACAUAAGCUUGCAAUGGCUGCAUUACAUGUGUAUGUACUGUUUCACAUACUUUUGUUUAUUUGUAAUAUGCAUCCAUCCACACAAUAUGUACUUUAACAGUACAAUUUUUUGCAUGUGUCAAUUUCCCUAGCGGUGGAUAGUAAUUUAUUUCAAUGCUUGUUUUUUGUGAUCAACAUUCCAAUUAAGAGACAGAUUAAGCUUGUUAUCAAUAUUUAUUGUUUGAAAUAAAAUGCCACAUUGUG